GGCGUUGCGGCAAUUCGUGGAAAGAACACAGGAGCGGCGACGGUCCAUGGCGAUUUGAUGCAGCAGCAGCAGUACAAGAGCCCACCAACGACUGCGACGACGAGUACGGUACCCAACGAGCCUGCGAUGGCCUUCGUGCCGCUGGCCAAGUGGUCGACGGCCGUCCCGCCGGCGACCGCCGGGGCACGUAGCCGCAAUAUCGACAUUCCCAACUCCAAGCCGCGCCUUCGAACCAAGCCGGCCGCGGCCCCGAGCUCUGCCGUCGGCUUGAGUCGCGUCGCUGCGCCAGCGCCGGCGAAACGACCGAGCAGUGGAUCGCAUGCGGCAAGCUCUGCGUCGACGACAGCCGCCGGCGAUGCCUGCUUCAAGUGGCAUUCGCGCCCACCGCGCGGCAACACCGAGACAUCAAGUACAAAGCCGUCGCACUUGACGUCGUUUCAGCGCCUCGACGACCAAGCGGCCAAGCUCAAGCGAACAAAGAAGGCGAAAAGCGUCACGGCGCCGCGCCGCCUCUCGACCGACCACAUGUGGGAGUCACCGGCGUGGACACAAGGAGCACACUCGACAAGCAUGAGCAAAGACGAUAGCAUCGCGCUCGGCCGUGGGGACUGUCACGAUGUGGUGUUCCGUCCCGCGGCAACGGCAACGCUGCGUGCCCGCGAAGCCGAGCCGCCACCGCUCGCUUUUCCAGUGGAUGGUUCGCGCUCCAACGACGUUGUCGAAAACUUGGCCCGUGCGCUCUUGUCAGAUUGUAUCAACAAGCGCCAGCGAGAAACGCUAAAGACGUUCAAGGUCGAGAUCGUCGAGCCGCCGCCCGCGCCGUCCUCAAGCAGUAGUAGCAGCUGCGGCGGUGCAUCGUGCUGCGGGUCGCCCAAAGAAAAGGCUGGCGCGUACGACGACAGUGGAGGCGGUCUCAGCUGCAGCUCCAGUGACGACGAACUCAACCAGCUGCAUGCGAUGGACCCGUCGUUUGUGUGGGACGAGAGUGGACGCCCCGAUGACGCCAAGCCGUGGCGAGAGACGGCCGCGUGCCAAGACGUGGACCCGAUGAUGCCAACGAGUUCGCCCGAGAGCGACUGCUUUUACGAGGAAAAAGGACUCCCAAAGGAAGUACGCUACAGUCUUCCGAUCGCCUACGGCACGGUCCACGAGACGUCGAAACAGUGCACGAUUUGCCAAUUGGCGUAUGAGAUUGGGUCCCACAUUGUGACGCUGACGCCGUGCCAGCACUUUUUCCAUGCGCUCUGCGUCGACAAGUGGCUGUGGAACCACACGACGUGUCCGCUGUGCCGGAAGGAGGUCGUGUACGAGGCAUUUGGCGGUGUGCGCGGCACGGCCUGUCCCGACGAAGACCGCGAAAGCCUCCGCAAGAAGAUGCGGUCGCAGUGCGCGGAAUUUCGCCCGCUCAAUCCGCUCCCAGUCGAGACGCUGGAUGUACAUUUCUCGAGCCUUCAGCUGCACGACGCGCGGCGUCCACCCGCAGUGACCCCGCUGGACUAUCUCGUGUGUCCUGUCGCGCAGCGCACGUGGCGCAAAUAGAGCCCAACGUGGCCGUCCAAACGACGACGACGAAGGCCAUGUAAACACACCCGACAAAGCGGUGCCCGUGCUUGUAUUAAUUUAAUAAGACUAAAUCGUUCCUUUGGA